GAUUAUAACAGGAAACUACAAUAAACGAAAAAACAAUAAGUCAUUCUUGUUACUUGUCGAUUAAAAAGGUGAUGAGCAAAAUUGAACAAAAUGUGGUUUUGUAUCUUGAUCGUGUGCCUAAUUUCCUUCUCUGAAGCUAACGGGCUUGAAGUUAUCAAUGGCAAUGAUGCCCAAAAAGGACAAUUUCCGUGGCAGGUAUUAGUAGCCUCUUCAACGCCGGACAAUAAUGAUGUGGUCUGUAGUGGUGCCAUUAUCAGCCAUGACUGGAUUCUCACUUCUGCUUAUUGUGUUUAUGAAAUGGAUUCUGUGACUGUAUUUCCUGGAAUUAUUGAUUUAAAUGAUAUAUCAGGACCCAUGAUAGAUGCUAAAACGGUCAUAGUUCAUGAGGAUUAUAACAACAAGACGCUCGAAAAUGACAUCGGAUUGGUGAAACUUGAGUCGUCUUUAGUCUUUGAUGAAACCAUUCAAGUUAUAACUUUGAGUGAAGACGUUAUAGGGGACGCAGUUAACGUAACAAUAAGUGGUUGGGGACACUCUAACGAUGAUCAAGAUAACCUUACUACGAUUUUACAAUACGCAACUGUUCCUACUAUUAAAAAUUCAGAAUGUGCAAAAUUUUAUGGUUCUGACGUUGUCACUUCGAAUGUGCUUUGUACGCACAAUUCCGAUCUUGUAAAAGGGCCGUGUCUUAACGACGGUGGAGCUCCUUUGAUUAUAAAUGCAGGCACUGACCCACAGCAUGUUGGUAUUUUUAGUUUUUUGGGAGAACAUGGAUGCGAAAAAAACUAUCCAGCGGGGUAUACAAGAACAGCAUCCUAUUUAAAUUGGGUGAAAAAUAAAACUGGUAUUUAGGAUGUAAUUAUUACUUAUUUUCUAAUAAAAAGUGCUGAUCUUUAAA